AUGGCAUCAUCUUCGUCUCGCAGUAGGGUGUUAAAUCCCGGCCCCCAGGAUGGUUCAUUACUGCGCUAUCAGUCUAUUCAUGUUUCAGAGCAUAUUUGGGAUAGUCAUGAACACCCAAUAUUGAGAGUGAGAAGAGGUCAUUUCAUACAUGCUGGCAUGGAAAGAGUACCAGUAGAGAUUAUUCUUCAUUUGACAGUAGCAGGAUUUGCUGGAGUAGCACAGUUGGCUAGUAUUCCUAUUGACCACGAAUUGAUUACAGCAUUGGUAGAAAGAUGGAGGCCAGAGAUCCAUACGUUUCAUAUGCCCCCUGGAGAGUGUGCUAUUACUCUUCAAGACAUUGCUUUUCAGAUGGGUCUUCGUAUUGAUGGAAGACCAGUUAUUGGCCCUACAGGAGGUGACAAAACACAAAUUGUUGAAGAUUUAUUGGGAAUUAUACUACCUAGUUCUGCAUUUAUGGGGAGCAGCUUGAAACUUACUUGGUUGGAUGAGCAUUUUUCCCAUGUUGGGUUGCACAACCAAAAUCCCAUUCAGCUAACUCGCUUUGCUAGAGCAUAUAUUUUGAGACUUAUUGGUGGGUUUAUGUUAGCUGAUCAUUCUAGUAGCAGGGUCCCAGUUAGGUACCUUCCUUUACUUGAGGAUUUAGAGAUAAUUGGGCAAUAUAGUUGGGGAAGUGCAGCGUUAGCCUUCCUAUACAUAGAGUUAUGCAUGUCCACGAAUAUUGAUCGGUCUGGUAUUGGAGGAUUGACUCCACUUGUGAUGCUGUGGGCAUGGGAUAGGUUCCCAUUUCUAUCUCCGGGUGAUCCCCCUUACACACGGAAUGAUCUUCCUUAUGGUGCACGGUGGUUAGGAUUUCAAAAUUUUAGGAAGGGGAGAAAGGAUCUAGCAUACUUUAGGUUCAAAUUUGAUCAUUUGAAAUGUGAUGAGUUUGUGUGGCAACCAUAUAGUAUAGAUUUGAUGCAUACUUUGCCUGCCAUAUGCACUGAGCCAAACCAGUUACAUGACAUUACUCUUAGAGGGAAGACUGGUGACAAUUGGGAGUCAAAGUUUAGGGGCGUACUAGAGCAUUGGGACAGGAGAUUAGAUUGGGUAGUGAGUAAUGAACCGCAGAUUGGUCUACUGAGUUCGAACUCUGAAUACAUGCGGUGGUACCAUACUCAUACUGGACGGUGGAUGAGCAGAGAUGCUACAGUGUUUGCAUUACUUGAUCAAAGACUCUGA